AUGGGCGACACUAACGGAUCUCCCUUGAACAAUAAUCCAUAUGACGAUGUCCGAGAGGAACUCAAUGAAGCAAUGCCCCGGGUCUCUCGAGCGGCCAUCAUUCAAGAGACCCUCAGGCUGCAUGGGAGGUCUGUUGCGGCGCAGGGAGUCGUCUUCACCGGGGUCGCCGUAACGGGCAUCGACAGGGUUGGCGCCGGGGUGCCGGAAAUCCCGAGGCCUGCAGAAGGCUCACCUGUGCGCGCCGCAGAGGUCCACAUCCUAAAUCAAAACCCCCUUAUCAACAACCAUUCGAACAUGAUGCAUGACCUUGGGGUUAUUCGGAAAUCUCGAUCGGUGAACAUGUACAAUGGUGCAGGUGAAGUUACCGCGUUUGGAGACUUGCUGGAUGAACUGCGAACACCGACAACAAAUAAAAUCAUGGCCAUUUUUAUUCGGCACUUCUUUUGCGGCCAUUGUCAGGAGUAUGUUCGCGCCCUUUCGGCAGCAUUCCCGAACCCUAACCAGGAUCUUCCAACCGGUUGCAAGAUGGUGAUCAUUGGAUGCGGCGCGCAUACCCUGAUAGAUCAGUACAGAGCUGCUACAAGGUGCCCUUUUGCUAUCUACUCCGAUCAAACCACAGAGUUGUUCCGCAUCUUUGCCAUGAGACGCAACCUCUUGGUUGGCAAGGAUGCUCCAAGUUUUUCUCCACGGUCCGAUUUUUCCUUGAUGUUGUCAGGUAUCAAGCAAGGCCUCAAGCGCCUUUUCAAGGGAGACGCCUUCAAAGCAGGUAGCCCAAGACAGAAUGGAGGCGAACUCCUAUUUGAAUUUGAACGAGAACCGCCUCUAAAAACUUCCGGGAUCUUGGCCAUCCGCGUUACCUGGUGCCAUAUCAUGGAGACAACUCGAGAUCAUGCGCCGAUCAAUGUCAUCAAAAAGGUCCUUGGUAUCCCGCUGCCCGGAGAAACCGAUCUGACCCAGCCUGCGGCCCUAGCUGCGGCGCCAUUAGGGAGUUUGUUAUAA